UAAUAAUAAUUCUUUGCUACAAGUUAAGCAUUUACUUGUAACGAAAUCAUGGUUAAAUUUAGCGAUUAGUACGUUUUAUGCGAUGGUAGACAUCAGCUGAUUUUGACAGUUGUAUCGCACGCGAUUAUAGUCCCAUUCUCGUUUCCGAAUAUUUAUUUACGAAUAAUAGAAAAAAAACCAUUUAACAACCACUUCAUUCUUUUUUGCAAGCAUCGCGCGUUAAAAAGAGCUAUCUAUUCCGAGGUAAUUCUGCAGCGAUGAUUCGUUUACCAUUAGCGGAUAGUGCUGUGGAUAAAAAUUGCAGUGGAAAAGUUAACGACAACGCGUUAUUUAAUCGUACGAAUAUUUUGUGGAAGAGUAAAAUGUCCAUGCAAAGUCACUCGAAAAUUUUGUCUCAACUCAGAGAUUAUUUGAACAAAUAUGGUUACAGUAAGAGUUUGCGAGUAAUUUUGUUCAAGAAUUGGUUCGAUUUCUUCGAGAAAAAGAAAGUGACCUAUUCUCAGAUCAAUGCCAUAAAAAAGUUGUCCCAGAGCGACUAUCUAAAAGGUACGAGCGAGGUGCAAGCAUCGAGCAUCGAUAAGACUGAAAAUAACAAAAUACAAGGAGAAAAAGUUUUAACCGAGGCUGUAGAAAAAGGAGCAACCGCUGAUACUUCUGUUAAACGAGAGAAGGACACGGAUAGAUUGGUAAAUACCGAUAAGGAAAUACGGACCAAAGCGAAAUCUCAUAGUUUCACGGAUGCUCUGGACAUGCUAAUAUUUAAAUUAACCGAUAAAAGUAAAGCGAGUAAAUUGGUUGUACCUAAAUGGAAACUAAAUAUUCAUAAAAACGUACCGAUGCACAGUAUUACCUCCAGAACGCGUCAUGUUCUGAACAGUAUUUUGACCGCGGAGUCGAAUGCUUCGCGUUGUAGGAGGAUCGACGAUUUAUUGGAACAUAUCGAUCAGUAUCAAGAAGCGAGACAUUAUGCCAUUAAGGAAGGCGCGAUCAAAGUGCUGCUGAAAGUGGGACGUAGAAGUAAAGAUGAACAAUUAAAAGCAUCCAUUAGAGAAGCAUUGGCGGUAUUAGGUUAUAGCGAUCCACUACCUGGUAAAGGUAUUAGAAUUCUUUCGAUCGACGGUGGAGGUAUGCGUGGCGUAUUGGUUAUAGAAAUGUUGAAGAAACUCGAAGAAUUGACUGGAAAGAGAACGCACGAAAUGUUCGAUUAUAUAUGCGGUGUGAGUACAGGAGCAAUUUUGGCGAUUACUUUAGGUGGACACAAACGGAAAUCUCUCAACGAAAUAUCCGAGUUGUACAAAGAAUUAAGUGCCAAAGUAUUUACUCAAAGUGCUAUAAAGGGCACGAGCAAUUUGGUAUGGAGUCAUGGAUAUUACGAUACGGCGCUAUGGGAAAAGUUGUUACAAGAACAUUUAGGAAAUAGAACCCUUAUAAAAACAGCUCGUGAUCCCGGUACACCGAAGUUUUCAGCUAUAUCGGCUAUAGUCAAUCAUGCGCGCGUAACGGCUUACGUCUUCAGAAAUUACACGUUGCCCUAUAGAGUUGAGAGUCAAUACAUAGGAUCUCAUAAACAUAAAUUGUGGGAAGCGGUGAGAGCGUCCGCGGCAGCGCCUAGUUAUUUCGAAGAGUUUAAGAACGGUGAAUACCUUCAUCAAGAUGGAGGUAUACUCGUGAACAAUCCGUGCGCGGUUGCGUUGCACGAAGCGAAACAAUUAUGGCCAAAUCAACCGAUUCAGUGCGUUGUUUCCUUCGGUACUGGACGAACACCGAACCGAAUUUGUGAUAACAAUAACGAUUCUAUGGAUGUUAUGAUUUCAAGCUGGAAAGAUAAAUUUUAUAAAAUAUUAGAUAGUGCUACUGAUACGGAAGCUGUACACACGAUGCUUAACGAUCUUUUACCUGAACACGUGUAUUUUCGAUUUAAUCCCUACUUGACUGAAAUGUUGUCGAUGGUAGAGAUACGUCCUGAGAAAAUUAGUCAGCUGGAACAAGAUGCGAAGAUGUAUAUAAGGAGAAAUGAAGAAAAAUUUCAGAAAGCUGCUAAAGUAUUGUUGGAAAGGAAACAAAUUCCGCGCAAGGUUCUGGAUUGGAUUAGGUUACAAAAACGAAUUUAUGGUUUAUGAAAUAUCGUUUUUCUUAGAUAAUUGUGCAUUCCGUACCUUCGCGUAAUACGUGUUCUUCGAUAAUUGUGUAAAUAUUAAAUGUAGUCGCGAGAAGACACGUUCUACGUUUUAACUAAUGAAAUUAGUUAGUUCAAUCUAAGAUAUUGUUAUCCUUUUUUUUUUAGAAGGAAAGCAAUAUUUUAAAAUAGGACAAAAUUAAUUAAUUACACGUGUAUGUGUAGUGCAAAUUUUGUGUACUCUAGUCCCUUGAAGAGAAAUGAUGUGCUGUAGAGUAGAACGCAAAAAAAAAAAUAUUGUUCCGAAACUGUCGUUACACUAAAAUUGGAACUAGAUGUGUGUAUAACCAAUUGUUGUAGAGCAAAA